AUGACCAUCCAACGCAGCAGGGGCCGCCGCCGCGUAUAUCACUCUGGGCUCCCGAAAGGGCACUUCGCGAAAGUACGCGAGGAGUUCGCCCGGGCAGGACCGACAAAGAGGAAGCGAGCGGACAAUUCUAAAAUCGGCAUACGGACGGUGAUGAACAAACUUGAACAGUAUUGCCCCAGUGAACUCAACAAAACACCAAGGGAGUGGAUCGAGACGCUCGAGGCCCCCGAUGCGAAGGCAUUCUUCAGCUGGAUAAGGCAGACCCACGGGACAUCCAUCAAACGAGGCUCUGUCCCCAGUAGCUAUUGGCGCCGUAUUAUAAUGAUCCACCUAGAAGUUACGCAAAGAUCAGUAGACAAUACGAUACAGGCCGACGUUGAUACCUUUCUCGUUGAGCUCGUCGAGGAGCGGGGGCUCCUUCCACCGAAGCAGAAGGAUACUGCGAACAAGAAGGUGGUAUAUAGAGUUCUUGCCGCCAACUGGACCCUAUGCGAGAAAGUCUACGCCGACAAGAGGCAGCGACUGCAGCUAUCGGCGGGAAUCCUACUUGGCUGUAUCACCUCGUUCCGCCUAGUGUCCCUCUUUGACACCCGCAAGGGGGAGUCGACGGGUCCGACGCAAAUAGCGGUCAUUCCCCCCACACCAUCGAGGGUGGCGGGCCAGGAACCCUCAGUCGAGAUGCCACCCACGUCCUCGAGGGAAAGGACAGCCGGCCACCACUCAAGAGUGGAAUCAUGGCUCGACGAAUGUGCACCCCAAGCUAAGCGACGGAAGGCUGUUCCAGGAGCAAGCCGGCCGGAGACAGUCAGGAGGACGCUACCGGCCCGGGCAGCGCGUGGCACAGUGCGUUCCGGCAUCCCCAACUCGGAUAUCGACCUUGGAAUGACGGACUCCACGUCAAUCAGUGGCUCUGGAGACUCCGUCUUCAGUGAUUCCGCCUACAGCGGCUCCAGGAGCGAAGCGUUCAGUCUUACAGCCCCGAUCGACGAAGGGCCCGCGAUUCCCGUGGAAGACGGCUGUGAGCUCAUUAACCCUGCACCGGACAGGUCCAAUGUUGCAGCGGAGGGCUUCGAUGUGACAGACCUUAUUUCCGACGGCAGCGUUACCGAUGACGGCUACAACGCGGGCCCGGAGGAGACGGGGGCCAUCGUGUGGAGACACAUCUCGUUCCACAUCAUCCGUGACCUGCCGACCAAACAUACCGAUUGCGAAGAUAGCUGUACGACUUCUUCCCCAUACCCAAUUUUAUCAUAUACCAUGUCACUGACCAAGGUGGCUAGAAAAAUAUUUACCAUAGUCCAUAACCCCGAGCCUCUCUACAACCUCCUCGGACAGCUCCUCUUGAUGGCUUUCAAAGAUGAAGUCUUUGAAGUAGCAUUUAGGAAGCUGAAAGACAUCUACUGGCACGAGAUCCCUACCCACAAGCCUGGCAUACAGCUAAAAAUAAAGAGGGAGAAACUAAACCUGCCAACAUUCCGUAACCCCGAACGGACAGAAAACGGAUACUCAGGAUUGAGCCGCUGCGUGACCGCUACUAACCCGUCUCUAAUAACCAGGAAAGGUGCUCCAACGUGUGUGCCUUCCACAGUAGGUUCACCGGCGGUUGGAGAACGCGAUGCCGCUGGCGGAUCCAUGAACCGAGAAAAUCAUAUACCAGCUCUCAAGGAAACACUACAGAACGUAGCGAAGUUUGCAGCGUACCUUCAGCCAGGGGGAAUGUCAAUCUGA